AUGUCUACGAAGGCAGAGCAGUUUGCCUCUAAGAUACGAUACUUGCAAGAGUAUCACAACCGUGUGCAGCACAAUAUUUACCCUGUGCCCUCCGGAACAGACAUUGCAAACACACUGAAAUACUUUUCCCAAACUCUGCUCAGCAUUCUGUCCCGCACAGGCAGGAAGGAGAACCAGGAAGCUUCCAAUUUGGCCGUGCCCAUGACCAUGUGUCUUUUUCCUGUGCCAUUCCCACUCACCCCAUCUCUAAGACCACAAGUCAGUUCCAUCAACCCUACAGUUACUCGCUCCCUCCUUUACAGCGUUCUGCGCGAUGCCCCGUCAGACCGCGGGGGGCAGGGGCAGCAGAGUCGGGACGCUCAGCUCUCAGAGUACCCCUCUCUGGACUAUCAGGGCCUCUAUGUGACCCUCGUGACCCUGCUUGACCUGGUGCCCCUGCUGCAGCACGGUCAGCAUGAUCUGGGACAGUCCAUAUUUUACACAACAACAUGCCUCCUGCCCUUUCUCAGUGAUGAUAUUCUCAGCACUUUGCCCUAUACUAUGAUCUCCACUUUAGCCACAUUUCCCCCUUUCCUCCACAAAGACAUCAUAGAGUACCUGAGCACCUCUUUCCUCCCCAUGGCUAUAUUGGGCUCCACUCGGAGGGAGGGAGUCCCGGCCUAUGUCAAUCUGUCUGCCUCCUCUAUGCUAAUGAUUGCAAUGCAGUACACCACUAAUCCAGUGUAUCACUGUCAACUGUUGGAGUGUCUGAUGAAGCACAAACAGGAAGUGUGGAAGGACCUUCUGUAUGUCAUAUCCUAUGGCCCAUCCCAAGUAAAGCCUCCAGCUGUGCAGAUGCUGUUUCAUUAUUGGCCCAACCUGAAGCCACCAGGAGCUAUUAGUGAAUAUAGAGGGCUUCAGUACACAGCCUGGAACCCCAUCCACUGUCAACAUAUUGAAUGCCACAAUGCUAUCAAUAAACCUGCUGUCAAGAUGUGUAUAGAUCCUACUCUUUCUGUUGCCCUGGGAGACAAGCCCCCACCUCUUUAUAUAUGCGAGGAGUGCAGCCAGAGGAUAGCAGGAGACCACGCUGAAUGGCUUGUUGACGUACUCCUGCCCCAAGCAGAGAUAUCUGCCAUUUGUCAAAAGAAGAACUGUAGCUCUCAUGUUAGAAGGGCUGUGGUCACCUGCUUCUCGGCUGGCUGCUGUGGUCGCCAUGGCAACCGGCCUGUCCGCUACUGCAAGCGUUGCCAUGUCAACCACCACAGCAGCGAGGUGGGGGCUGCGUCGGAGACCCAUCUGUACCAGACCUCGCCCCCUCCCAUCAACACCCGGGAGUGCGGAGCGGAGGAGCUAGUGUGCACUGUGGAAGCUGUUAUAAGCCUUCUCAAAGAGGCAGAAAUUCACGCAGAACAGCGUGAGUUUGAGCUGAACAGACGUCGUCAGAUGGGCCUGUCCGCCUCCCACCACUCUCUGGACAACAUCGAGUUUGACAACAAGGAGGACAACCAGCACGACCAGCGGCUCCUCAGUCAGUUUGGCAUCUGGUUCCUGGUGAGCCUGUGCACACCCAAUGAAAACACACCUACAGAGAGUCUGGCACGGCUGGUCAGCAUGGUCUUCCAGUGGUUUCACUCCACCGCCUACAUGAUGGAUGAUGAGGUCGGAAGCCUGGUGGAGAAGCUAAAGCCUCAGUUUGUCACUAAGUGGCUAAAGACAGUGUGUGAAGUGCGAUUUGACGUCAUGGUCAUGUGUCUGCUGCCCAAGCCUGUUGAGUUUGCCAGGGUGGGAGGUUACUGGGACAAGUCAUGUAACACAGUGACCCAGCUGAAGGAGGGCCUGAACCGCAUCCUGUGUCUGAUUCCUUACAAUGUCAUCAGUCAGCCGCUGUGGGAGUGCUUUAUGCCUGAGUGGCUGGAGUCCAUCCGCACCGAGGUGCCCGACCAACAGCUCAAAGAGUUCCGGGAAGUGCUCAGUAAGAUGUUUGAUAUUGAGCUGUGCCCCCUGCCCUUCUCCAUGGAAGAAAUGUUUGGCUUCAUCAGCUGCAGAUUCUCUGGCUACCCAGCGUCUGUGCAAGAGCAGGCUCUGCUGUGGCUGCACGUGCUGUCGGAGCUGGACAUCGUGGUGCCUCUUCAGCUGCUGAUUGGGAUGUUCUCUGAUGGUGUGAACUCUUUGAAAGAGCUGGCCAAUCAGAGAAAGGCACGCGCCUCAGAUCUGACUGGCAACAACGGGGCUCGCAGGGUGAGUGUGGUGUCAGAUCCAGGACGCAGAGGGCAGCACAACACCCUAAGUCCGUUCCCCAGCCCCUUCAGGAGCCCAUUCCGCAGCCCCCUGCGCUGCAGCCCCUUUAAAAACCUGGGUCACGCCACGGGACACUGUGCUCUGGAUCUGGACUGUGACGAUGAUGACAUGAACCUCGGCUGCUUCAUCCUCAUGUUUGACCUAAUACUAAAGCAGAUGGAGCUCCAGGAUGACGGUGUGAUGCUGGGUCUAGACAGCAGCCUGGGGAAGGACAUCGUGGGCAUCAUCAACAACGUCUUCCAGGCCCCAUGGGGGGGCUCACACACCUGCCAGAAGGAUGAGAAGGCCCUGGAGUGCAGCCUGUGCCAAUCCAGUAUCCUGUGCUACCAGCUGGGCUGUGAGCUCCUGGAGAGGCUGACCCCCCGAGAGGAAAUUCGCCUUGUGGAACCUACAGAUUGUUUGGAGGAAACCUUGCUCUUGGGUCAGCCAGAUUUCUCCCUUGGUGCAGAGAAAGGAAAUGAGGAAGGAGACAACCCAAGUGGAACGCACACUGACAACCCUAGUAACCAUUCUCCUGAUAACCCAUGUGUGUAUCACUUCUCCAAUAAGAAUAACUCUGAUAAGAAGUUCUCCUACCAUCAGCUCCCUGUGUCUUUGAAGCUCAUAUACACCGUUCUGCAGGAAAUGUCCAAGUUUGAGGAGCCUGACAUCUUGUUCAACAUGCUGAACUGUCUGAAGAUCCUGUGUCUCCAUGGAGAGUGUUUGUACCUUGCCCGCAAGGAUCACCCCCUGUUUCUGGCCUACAUCCAGGAAAAGAUGCUCAUACCGAGUCUGUGGUCCAUGUUGAAGUCAGAAUUUUGCCAGCUGGCCUCCCUGGCUGUGCCUCAGCUUCUCCAUGCCCUGUCGCUGUCGCAUGGGGCGGACAUCUUUUGGAACCUCAUCAACACAAACUUUAACAGUAAAGACUGGAAAAUACGAUUCGAAGCAGUGGAGAAGGUAGCGGUGCUGUGUCGGUUCCUGGACAUCAGUGCGGUGACGAAAAACCACUUGCUGAAGUAUUCCCUGGCCCACGCCUUCUGCUGCUUCCUGGCCUCUGUGGAGGACGUCAACCCCGCUGUGGCCACCCGAGCCAGACUGCUGCUGGACACCAUCAAGAGGCCAGCCCUGCAGGGGUUAUGCCUGUGCCUAGAUUUCCAGUUUGACACUGUUGUGAGGGAUCGACCUAUUAUCCUCAGUAAGAUCCUGCUGCUGCACUUCCUAAAGAAAGACAUUCCUGCGCUGAGCUGGGAGUUCUUUGUCAACCGUUUUGAGACGUUAUCUCUGGAGGCUCAAUUACACCUGGACUGCAACAAGGAGUUCCCCUUCCCUACUACAAUUACAGCAGUACGAACCAAUGUAGCCAACCUCAGUGAUGCAGCAAUGUGGAAAAUACGACGCGCUCGCUUUGCCAGGAACCGGCAGAAGAGUGUGCGUUCCCUCCGUGACAGUGUGAAGGGAGGCCCAACAGAGUCUAAACGGGCGUUUUCACUCCCCGAGUCACUGAGCAACCGAAUUCCUCUAAGGCUUACGAGGCAAGAGCACUCUGCCCCGACACUGGGAGAUAUGAUAGAGAAAACCCCGUCUCCUGAGGAUGACACCGUCAUCAGAGACCUGCUUCCUGAGGAUGCCGGCAUCGACCACCAGACGGUUCACCAGCUCAUGAUGGUGCUCAUGAAAUUUAUGGCUAAAGACCAGAGCAGUGCUGAGGCUGACAUCGGCAGUGCCAAGGCCUUCAACACAGUGAAGCGUCACCUGUUCGUUCUGCUGGGCUAUGACCAACAGGAAGGCUGCUUCAUGAUUGCACCUCAGAAGAUGCGCACUUCUACCUGCUUCAACGCCUUCAUCGCUGGCAUUGCACAAGUGAUGGACUAUAAUAUUGGUUUGGGAAAGCAGCUGCUCCCCCUGGUGGUCCAGGUGUUGAAGUACUGCACGUGUCCUCAGCUCAGACACUAUUUUCAGCAGCCGCCUCGAUGCUCUCUCUGGGCCUUGAAGCCACACAUCAGACAGAUGUGGCUUAAAGCCCUGCUAGUUAUCCUCUAUAAGUACCCUUACAGAGACAUGGAUGGGAGUAAAGUGGUCCUUCAUCUGAUCCACAUCACCAUCAACACACUGAAUGCCCAGUAUCACAGCUGUCGUCCCCACGCUACAGCAGGACCACUCUACAGCGACAACUCUAACAUGAGCCGCUACAGCGAGAAAGAAAAAGAAGAGGACAAUGUAUUCGAUGAGUCAGAUGUCCAUGACACGCCGACUGGUGCUGCUAACAAGGAGUCACAGACCUUCUUUGCCCGCCUAAAGAGGAUUGGCGGCGGCAAGUCUGUGAAGUACCAGCCGGUAGAGCUCAAUGCCAAGAAAAGUGAAAUUGAGCUGUCAGAGUAUCGUGAAGCCAGCGCCCUUCAGGACAGCAUUCUGCACUGUGUGAGGGAGGAAAGCACCAGGAAGAAGCGGCUGCAGGCCAUGCACAAGCAGAAGUCUUUGGACAUUUCCAACACUGACUCCAUCCUCUUCAAUCUGGACGAACACAGACGUAAAUCCUGCAUUGAUCGCUGUGACAUGCAGGCGCCCCAGGUGGUCCUGCCUCCAUCUUCAUCCACGAGACACGGCAAGCAUCACGGCAAAGGAUCAUCUGAUGGCUCUUUGGUUCGGGUUGAGGGCAGUGAUGCCGUCGACCGGCGGGGUUCCAAGCCUGUCAUCCCAGAGGUCCGCCUCAGCUGCAUGGAAACCUUUGAGGACAAGUUGGACCUGAGCUCACUAGGAGGAUCGGCUCAGGGGAAGGAGGACCAAGACCUCAUUGACCUCUCCUCUGACUGCACCUCCAUUCCAGAAAAACACUCACUGCUCUCCAUGUCCGACACCGAUUCCUUGGUGUUUGAACCGUUGCCUCCUCUGAGGAUCGUAGAGAGCGAUGAGGAGUUUGAUCUUACCACCAUCAUAGCCUCCAAGUUCAACGGGAGUCCUAAGUUCUCUUCUUCCCCUGCUAGCAGCAAGACUUUGCGACUGUCUCCUGUGGUUCAGGUGAGUGUAGAGGACUGUUCCAGUGACAAUAAGACCCAAGACCUGCUGACGGGAGAGGGAGGCUCAGAGCAACCGCUUGUGGCAAUGAAGCUAAACCGAGUGACUCCCAGCUCUUCUCUGGAUCUUCCUGACCGACUGGAAAAUGUCUGCCAUGAAAGCCCGAUGACCCUGAAGCAGAAGAGAGACUUGCUGAGGAAGACGCCACAUGUCCCUGACGCCUCCCUCGACGACAUGUGUGACGAGACAAAGACUGGACCAGGGACCAGUCCCUCUGGUCGUACUAUCUUCUUGGACAUCCCAGAAGACAAGGCAGAGCCUCUUUCCUCACCAGAAAAAAGCAAGGGUGAUAACAACGAUGAAGAAGAGGAUGGGGAUGAUGAAGAGGACGACGACAUGGGUGAUGAAGCAGAGUUUAAAAUCCAGAUUGUUCCUCGACAACGGAAGCAGAGGAAGAUAGCGGUUAGUGCCAUCCAGAGGGAAUACCUGGACAUCACCUUCAAUAUGUUCGACAAGCUCAGUGGUGAGCAGACCACAGAAACCGAUCACAAAGUUCUAUCUACAUUGGAAAAGCCACGAGAAUCUGCCUCAGCCCCAACGCUCGAAGCUGCUAUGCCUGAAACAAGCCACCGCUCUUCAGUAUCAACUCAGUACCGUCAGGCGAAGCGAGGCUCUCUGGGAGCUCUGACUAUGAGCCAGCUAAUGAAGAGACAGCUGGAACACCAAUCCAGUGCGCCACACAACAUCAGCACCUGGGACACGGGUCAGUCACUUAAGACUUCUCUUUGUCCGAUAAUGACCCCUUUAAGAAGAUAUAUAUAGACAUACGGGCCUACAAAGACCAGUCUGCUGUCUGCACCAAGCACAGUCAGCAUGUUUGUCCCUGCACCUGAAGAGUUCAUUGACGAGCAGCCCACCACGAUGUCUGACAGGUGUCGGGACUGUGCAGCCGUGCUGGAGGAGUAUGACGAAGAGACUCUUGGCCUAGCGGUGGUGGUUCUCUCCAUGUUCAUCCACCUCAGCCCUGAUUUGGCUGCGCCAAUGCUCCUCGACAUCAUGCAGUCUGUGGGCAGGUUGGCAUCUAGUGCUAAUUUUUCUGGACAAGCUGAGAGUAUGUUGAUCCCAGGGAAUGUAGCAGGUGUAGCAAAGCAGUUCCUCCGCUGUAUGUUUCACCAGCUGGCCCCUAAUGGCAUCUUGCCCCAACUCUUCCAGAGUAACAUCAAAGAUGGAAGUUUUUUGCGAACACUUGCAUCUUCCCUGGUAGAUUUUAACGAAUUGAGUUCUGUUGCUGCCCUCAACAUGCUGCUCGAGGGUUUGAACAACAAGAAGAAUCUACCAGCAGGGGGCACAAUGCUGCACUGCCUGGACAACAUUGCCACCUUCAUGGAGGCUCUUCCCAUGGACUCUCCUAGCAACCUGUGGACAACCAUCUGCAACCAGUUCCAGACCUUCCUCACAAAACUGCCCUCUGUGCUUCCUCUGAAAUGCCCCAUGGAUUCCAGUUUGCGGAUAAUAAUUUGUCUACUGAAAAUCCCUACUACAAAUGCAACCCGGAGCCUCCUGGAGCCUUUCUCCAAGCUGCUGAGUUUUGUUAUCCAGUAUGGCAUGUUCAGCCUCUCCUACCUUGUAGAACUAUGUGGACUGUGUUACAAAGGCUUCAACAAGGAGAGAGAUAAGUUCUACAUGUCCCGCAUUGUGGUGUUAGAGCUUCUGCAGGCUCUCAAGUUCAAGUCUCCUCUGCCCGACACAAACUUGUUACUGCUGGUCCAGUUUGUUUGUGCAGAUAUCGGUACACGGCUAGCAGAAUCCACCAUCAUCCAAAAGCACAUGAUCUUAACACUGCCGGGGUGCACAACAGCAGCCAUGGAAUGCAUGAGGCAAUACAUAAGCGAACUCCUGGACUUCAUUGCAGAUAUGCACACACUAACCAAACUAAAAAGCCAUAUGAAGGCUUGCUGUCAGCCGCUGCAUGAGGACACUUUUGGGGGGAACCUGAAAGUGGGCUUGGCACAAGUCGCCGCAAUGGAGAUCAGCAAAGGCAAUCACCGUGAUAACAAAGCUGUGGUCCGUUAUCUUCCUUGGCUUUAUCAUCCGCCAUCUACCAUGCAACAAGGGCCAAAAGAAUUCAUCGAGUGCGUGUCCCAUAUUCGUCAGCUGUCCUGGCUGCUUUUGGGCUCCCUGACACACUGUGCUCUGCACCAGGGCUCCACCUCCUGUAUGCCCAUCCCUCUUGAUGCUGGCUCCCAUAUCGCAGAUCAUCUAAUCGUAAUCCUCAUUGGUUUCCCGGAACAGUCAAAGACGUCGGUGCUGCACAUGUGCUCUCUUUUCCACGCCUUCAUGUUCGCCCAGCUGUGGACCAUCUACUGUGAGCAGGCAGCCGCUGCUCCGUCGCUGCAGAACCAGAACCAGACAGAGUUUUCUUCCAACGCCAUCCUCACUGGCCUGGAGUUCUGGAGUCGGGUUACACCUAGCAUCCUGCAGCUCAUGGCCCACAAUAAAGUAAUGGUAGAGAUGGUGUGUCUUCAUGUCAUUAGUUUGAUGGAAGCCCUGCAGGAGUGCAACUCAACCAUCUUUGUCAAGUUAAUCCCUAUGUGGCUGCCCAUGAUUCAGUCAAACCUUAAGCAUCUGUCUGCGGGGCUGCAGUUGCGUCUCCAGGCCAUCCAGAACCGUGUGAACCACCAGUGUCUGCAGGGCCAGACAUCCGGAGCCCCUCCGUUUGCUCUGCGCAAAUGGCUGCAGUGCACCCAGUUCAAGAUGGCUCAGGUGGAAAUCCAGUCAUCUGAGGCUGCCUCACAGUUCUACCCCAUGUGACCUGCUCUGCUGUCGCCUUGGGUCCAGUCUGGGUCCUUAGACCAGCAUGCAUCCUCUCUGGACAAACCCUCUGACCAAAAAAGGACUCUUCUGUAAACUGAUACUGUGUUGGAUUCAUUUGGACUGGAUCAUUAU